ACUAAUGCAGCAGUGCAGCUAAAAAGAACAGACCCACUGUGUCACACAGUGUAUCACUGUGUUACCAUAGCUGGAAAGCACCCUAAGAAGUGUUAAAAUGAUUAUAAACGGUGACAACAAAAAAAUGAUACUUAAAGUGAAUUAAAAUUUUAACAAAACAUGGACCCGAGUAAGAUUGAAUUUCUUGGCGAGAAGCAACUAGUUAACAUAGUGCCUAACUUCAAUUUGGAUAUAAUUUAUCUGAUCUCGGGCUCAGUUGGGCCAUUUCGCGCCGGUUUGCCUGUCAAAGUACCAAUUUGGCUUGCCGUGUCUCUCAAGCAGAAACAAAAGUGUCGUAUUAUUAACCAAGAAUGGAUGAAUAUUGAAAGUCUAAAUGACAGAAAAGAAAUGGAAAAGAUGUCAAAGUUGUUUACAGAGAUGCCUAGUAAUCAUUAUAUAGAUGAAAGUCAAAUUUUAUUAAAUGUGGCAAAUGAUGAUAUACCUGAUGCAGAUCGUAUAAGGACAUCUGUAAAGGAUAUAUGGGAUAUAAGAAUGUCUAAAUUGCGUACAUCUGUUGAUGCUUUUGUAAAGAGCGAAGGAGUGCAUGCAAGAUUAGAUCAUCUUACUGCAAUGGAAAUUAAUAGUAUACGUCCAUUACUCCCACAUGCAUUAGAUCAAAUGUUACGAAUACAAUCUGCAAAUAUGGGAGAAAUUAAUUCUCAAUACAGCGGAAAAAAAUAAAAAAUGAAAGUGAAAUACAAAAUUAUUUAUAUAAAAAAUAUAAUGCUAUUAUAAUAUUGUCAGUAAAUAGAAAAAUGUGAAUAUUUUUAGAAUUUUUAUAUUUUAUUGAUUUACA